GAUUAUUUUUAAUGAUUUAAAAGUGAGUUACUGUGGAUCUACUUCCAUGCCCUUCCGUCAUCAAAAAUACUUUGCAUAUCAAAGAAGGGGAGUGUUUGGUGUUUUGAAGGUGCACAGUAUCUCGGUGAUGUUUCCGUGUUGAGGACAGGACUGUCUGAGGACGGGACAAUUAGGAGGCGGCGGGGAAACACGUUGGGGAAGAACCUGGGUCGCACGGAUCGAUAUAUUGGCCGAGAGAUUAUGGAGAAAUCUUUAGAUUCUUCGAAACAUUUCGACGGAGAAUGACAGACAGAAUAAUAGACUUCAUUGAUUAGAUUGCAAAACGAAACAAGAACACUAAAGCAAAAGUCUAAAAUAAAAUGUGAUUUCCCGUUCCUAACGCGAUAGUAUUAAAUAUGUUUUAGUUCUAGGACGAAUGACCAUGGAAUUUUAUUUGUAGACCAAAUUUUGCCUAAAUCUUUAAUUUAUUUAUUUUAAAUUUGUCUAUUUGUUGAUCAGUAUUUUUUUUUUUACAAAGCGGUCACUCGCGUUCAGAUGAACCGAGCUGAUGCUUUCCAACGUUGUACACUUCAUUAUAGGAUUCGUUGCGACAAUGAAGUGUUUUGUAUUUUGCUUAAUCUUCGGGGCUUUUCUCUUACUGAGCAGCUCGGCUGCACCUGACACAGCGCUGAACUGCCGCGAGGGCGCCCUGCUGCUGCUGCUGGACUCCUCAGGCAGCGUCUCCUCCUACGAGUUCCAGCGCCUGCUGCUCUUCCUGGAGGAGCUGCUGCGCCCCUUCCCCCUGGGCCCCGGCCAGGUGCAGGUGGGGCUGCUGCAGGUGGACACCCUGCCGCACCUGGGGUUCGGCCUGGGCGCACACCGCUCCCAGCCGGAGCUGCGGGCGGCCCUGAUGCAGGCCCGGCUCCUGCGGGGGGACACCAACACCGUCGCGGCCCUGGCCCUGGCCAAGGAUCUGCUCUCCAGCGCUAGGGGGGCAGGGGGGAUCCCUAGGGUGCUCCUGUGGCUGACGGACGGGGUGAGGCCCGGAGACGUGGACCAGCGGAUGUCGAUGCUGAAGGAUGACGGGGUGACCGUGCUGGCCCUGGCCACCGGACAGGGGGACUACCAGACCCUGCGGCGGGCGGUGUCCCCGCCCCUCGAGUCCCACCUCUACGUGGUGGACGUCGAUGACCUCCGCAUCGUGAUGGAGGAACUGAGGGAGGCCAUCAUUGAGAUCCUGUGUGCGGAGGGGCUCCGCGUGGUCCAUCUGACGGCCCGUAGCGCUGUGCUACAGUGGCGUCCGGUUCUGACCACGGACACAGGCUCCUACCACCUGCAGUGGCAGUGUGGGGGGGUGCCGGGGGCCGGCUCCAGCAGCGCCUCUGGGUGUGGCACUACUGCCGGGUGGCCCCAGGGUCGCAGCGUCUCCGGGGGCUCAAACAGGGCGGAGCUGAGCGACCUGCGCCCGGACGCCACCUACACAGCCUCCCUCACCCCCAUGUCGACCCUUUACCAAGACCACUUCAGCACCCUGUCCGUCAACUUCACCACACUGCCUGAGUUAUUGGGUCCAGCUGUGGUCUCCGUGUUGGCCUAUGGCCCUCACCAGAUGAACGUCAGCUGGGGCCCUCUACAGCCCGGACACGUCCAGGGCUACAGGGUGGAGUACGCAGUGCUUCCCGGCGGACACGUAAGCACCGUGGAGGUGGAGGGCCACCGCAACUCCGCUGUGCUCGCUGGACUGGAGCCAGACACUCAGUAUCUGGUGACCGUCAGCGCUCUGCACACCACAGGCGGGGAGAGAGCCAUGUCUGUCAAGGCCUGCACUCAGGAAGUGCCUGCACCCCUCCCAGCCCUGGAGGAACUCCUGCUAACCCCCCUGGAUGGAGCCGGGGUCGAGGCCAGGUGGAGGGCCCCCUCCGGGCAGCAGGACCGCCUGAGGGGCUACUGGCUCAGCUGGGAGGCUGGGACCCCCGCGGGGGUCUGGACCUCCAUGUCGUACAUGCAGGUGGGCGCCGGGACCUUGUCGGCGCAGCUGGCUAACGUGGCCGGCGGCGGUUGCGCCCGCGUGUGUGUCUCCCCCGUCUACCGCUCGGGCCGCGGGGACGGACUGUGCUGCACCGCCGGGGGGUGAUUGGACCGGGGGGUCUGGGGACCGGAGCCCAGCCGCACACGCACACACACACACACACACACACACACACACACAUACGGACGAACACAUGCAUGUGCACACACACACACACACACACACACACACACACACACACACACACACACACACACACACACACAUACACACGAACAUCCAAACUCACACGCACACACACAGAAACACACACACACAAACAUCAAUACUCACACACAAACACACAUUAACGCACACACAUGCACAGAUCGAAUGCACUUUGACACACAAAGACCUAUGCACAGACAUUCACACACAUGCAUACACACAUACAGACACCAGACACACACA